AUGGAAUUGACAAUCACCAACGAUAACACAAGUGCAGGUUCGUCUGGAUCCCUAAAGUUACUUGAUAUGCCAUGCUCUCCAGCUAUAGAGGAAUAUAAAAGUGAAAUAAUAAUAGAAUCUACGCAAACUGCUAUUGAAGAAGGACAAGUGUAUCAGGACAAGCAAACUGUAGCUGCUGGAAUGAAGCACUUUUCUGUGAUGCACAAGUUCCAGUUCAGAGUUAAAAGAUCUAGUAAUAGAAGCUAUUGGCUUGUAUGCGUUGGUGAAAACUGUAAAUGGCACUUCAAAGCAAUGUCAAUUAAUGAAUACGCAAUAUUCAAGAUAAGGAGUUUCAACCGACAACACACAUGCUCCUUAAUAGACGAAACAUUCAUACAACGGAACCAUACUGCAGCUGUAGUUGGUAGCAUGGUCAUUCCAAAGUAUUGUGAUCCAAAGACUGUUUACACACCAAAGGACAUACAAACUGACAUGUUAUCCGAACACGGAGUGAACCUAAGCUACAUGCAAGUAUGGAGAGCAAAGGAAAAGGCUUUACGGUUUUUGAGAGGGAAUUCGGCUGACUCCUACAGCAAAUUACCCAAAUAUUUUUAUAUUCUUGAGGAGACUUAUCCUGGUUCAGUUGUUAAAUUAAAGAAGACAGCAGAUGAAUGCUUCUUAUACGCAUUUGUUGCUCUUUGUACAUCAAUAAGUGGUUGGCAACAUUGUAGGCCAGUAGUAGUGGUUGAUGAGACAUUCUUAAAGUCAGCCUACAGGGGGAUUAUACUGACAGCAAGCACCAUGCAUGAAGUAGGUACAAUCUUGCCCUUGACAUAUGUUGUGGUUGAUUCUGAAAACGACGCAUCUUGGAAGUGGUUCUUUGAGCAAUUCAAGCAGGCAUAUGGUGAAAGACCUUCAAUGUGUGUUGUUUCAGAUAGGAAUGAGAGUAUACUAAAGGUGAGGGCUUCAACAGAUCAUAUACAUACUGUGUUACAUGCAUUAAGGCACAUGAAUGAAACAUAUGAAAACCAUUGCUCUCCGUAUUACACAAGGGAGAGCCUUCUGCGUACGUAUGAAAUACCAGUAAAUCCUCUUCAUCCACCGACGGGAGAUAAAAGGCAGCCAGGGAGACCUCAAAAGGAAAGAUAUAAAACAUAUGAUGCAAUAAAGUCAAAGAAGUACAAGGUGUCAUGUGGAAAUUAUGGAGGUGAAGGGCAUAACAAAAGAUCUUGCAAGAAUGCGCCCAAGAAGAAAUUAAUAUCAUGUAGUUAG